AUGUCUGAAGCUAAUAGCAUGAAAAAAGGUACAGCGGCGGUUGAGAUAACCAAUAUCGAUAGUCCGAAUUUGGCCGAAAAGUUGGGGGAUGCUCAUAUGAACAUUCUUCCUGCCAGGAAAGUGAUUAUUUGCCUCUCUGCCUUAGCAUUGGGCAUGAUAAUUUCCUUUGCAGAUCAAACUGGUGUAACUGUUGCUUUACCUCACAUUGGAAAAGAGUUGCACGCAGAAACUACCAUCAACUGGGCGGGAACUGCGUCUUUGCUAGCCAACUGUGUUUGCCAAGUAUUGUUUGGAAGAUUGUCAGAUAUUUUUGGAAGAAAACAGAUUAUGAUUGGAUGCUUGGCCAUUCUUGUUGUAGCUGAUUUGUGCUGUGGCUUUGCACAAACUGGGGUGCAAUUUUACAUCUUCAGAGCUUUUGCAGGUAUUGGCAACGGAGGUGUAUCAUCUCUUUCCAUGGUCAUAUUGAGUGACGUUGUGACGCUAGAACAACGUGGAAAGUUUCAAGGUAUUUUAGGGGCCAAUGUGGGAGUUGGUAAUGCUAUAGGACCAUUUCUCAUGGCUGCAUUUGUCAAACACAGAAGCUGGAGAGAUUUUUACUACUUACUUGCUCCAAUGGGACUCCUUGUGAUUAUUGCAGUAUACUUUUUGGUGGAGGACAAGCAGAAGGAUAGCAGAUUAUUGAACUAUAAGGAGAAAUUCCAAAAGAUUGAUUACUUUGGUAUACUCUUUGCAACUGCUGGGUUGACAUUGUUGCUUAUUCCAAUUAGCGGUGGCGGGUCCACUUACGCCUGGAACAGUCCUAUUGUAAUCACAAUGUUUGUUGUUGGAGGGGUUUUGAUGAUUGUUUUUCUUUUGAUUGAGUGGAAGGUUCCACAACUCCCAAUGAUUCCCCUUUAUAUCUUCAAAAGAGCUCUGUUGAGUUUGCUUUUGGGAUCAACCUUCUUUUUUGGAAUGGCGUACUUUGGCUUCAUGUACUACGUCCCCUACUAUUUUCAUGUUGUAAAAGGGAGGGACAUCAUUCAUACGUCGAUAUUCUUAUUACCACUUGUGUUGAGCCAGCUGAUUAUGUCGAUCGUCAGUGGGCAGAUAAUCACACGCACUGGCCACUACAUUUAUGUUGUAUGGGCCGGUUAUGUCAUGUGGUUCGUGAGUUGCGGUCUUUUGAUUUUAUGGGAUGACAAACUUAGCGAUGGAGUCAAUGUGGUUGUUCUUUUGUUGAUGGGCAGUGGUGUGGGGUUCACAUUUCAGCCAACUAUGGUGGCAGCUCAAGCCCAAUCCAAGAAAGCUGACCGUGCAGUUGUUAUCUCCACCAGAAAUGUUCUUCGAUCUUUCGGUGGUGCUGUGGGAAUUGCCAUUGGAUCUACUACCGUCAGCAACACCUUCUUGAAUAACAUAUCAAGUAUUGAGGAGAAUAAUGUGACGAAUAUUCCCCAAAGCUAUUUUGAUUUCCUUAGGAAACACAUCUACCAAACCAUUGAUACGACCAAAUUGAACCCGCAACAAGCUGAGGUAGUCCGAAGGAUGUACGUGAAGGCGCUCAAAAACUACUUUUAUUUGUUGAUCCCAUUCAUCGGGAUUUGUCUCAUUUGUUCUUUGUUUGUGCGGGAUAGGGGAUUGCAAUGUAUCGACGAGCCCACUAAGGAAGAACGGGAUCUUGGCACUGAGAUCGAGAAGACUCGAUAUGCCAAUUCGUCCCAUGAUUUAGAGUCAACAGCUGGUUCGAACGCUACCGUUGAUUCUGAAGCGACUCGUACGCAUUAA